AUGCGAUUAACAAGAGAACAAUUAGAAUCUUGUUUAGAUCCCCGGGAAGAACCUUCUGAAUAUCUUUCAAUUGUUAUUGUUACUCGUGUCGAUAAUUAUGCCGGGGGACAACAUCAUCGACUUCAAAAUUUUAUUGAUUCUGCUUAUAUUUUAGCAGAAAAGACACAGGAAAAUAUUGAAUUAUUGAUUAUUGAAUGGAAUCCACCAAAUGAUAAGAGAAGAGUGAUAGAUGCCUUUAGAUUCAGAAGUUCAAAAUAUUUAAAAUAUAGAAUCAUUACAAUACCCAAUUCACUUCACCAAAUUAUGCAAAAUAGAGGAAAUUCUCCUUUACAUGAAUUUGAAGGUAAAAAUGUUGGAAUUCGAUUUGCUCGAGGUCAAUUUAUAGUCUGUACAAACCAAGAUGAUAUUUGGUCACAUAAUUUUCAUAAUGCCAUCAAGUCUCGGGUAUUUAAAAAAGAUGUCAUUUAUUUACAACAUCAAGAUCAUCAUAAUAUCCAUGACAAUUUACCACCUUCGAUUGUCAAUUUGGAAGCAUUCCCAAAGGAUGAAACUAUUUAUAACAGUUGUAAACUUGGAGAACAAGAUUGGGGAAAUUAUACAUUACCUCCCCCUAUUAAAGUGACUGCUAGUAAUGAAAUUAAAGAUAAAACGAAAACUAUGAAUAUACUUGAAGUGGCAGAUCAAGCAGGUGAUUUUACCUUAGCUCAUAGAGACACAUGGAAGAUUCCAAGGGGUUAUAGGGAGGCAGGUGGUGUUGCAUGGAUGGAUAUUGAAUUUAUUUGUACUGCAGCAUGGACGAAAGAUAUACCUAUUGUUUAUGUUAAACCUGGCUUUACAUGUCAUCAAGAACAUGCGAAUAUAUGGGAAAAUAACAAGGAUGCAAUCAAUGAUAAUCGAAAUAUUGAUAUGAGCAAAAUAGAGCGUAAAGAAAAGAUCUAUAUGAACAAAGAUGGUGAAUGGGCUUUACAAAACUAUGAUAUAUAUGAACAUAAACUAGAAUGUAUUGAAUUUCAAGGUGGACUUGUAUGGUAA